UUAUCCUUUUCUGGUACCUCUAGCAUCCAUUCAUUAUGGUUUUAGCUGCGUUAUGUUCCACUGUUAUCCUUGGCGAGGUUCAGUUUCAGUUUCAGUUUCAGUUUUUUCUAAUUGAACUCAAUGCUGCUUCGGACCUGUUGAGGUCUAAACAGGACAGGGGUGUUUGUUGAUCGUUGAGGGUGCUAAUUAGGAUAACGUGGCCAUUGAGCUAUGGUGGGUGAAGCAGUGAAUGGGAGAUGGCUUAGUGGUCUGUUGCCAGUUUCACGCAAGAGCGUAUCAGAUAGUAAGGAAGUGAUUGGGAUUUUGGCGUUUGAAGUUGCUGGUUUGAUGUCUAAGGUGGUUAGUUUAUGGCAUUCUUUGAGUAGCAGGGAGAUAAUGAUUACGAAGGAAUGGAUAGUGAAAUCGGUUGGGGUCAAAAUGCUAGUGUCUGAUGAUGAAGACUUCUUGAUGGAACUGGCAUUGAGUGAGAUACUCAAUAAUUUUGAGUCUCUAGCUUGGUCUGUAGCCAGGUUGAGUAAGAGGUGCAAGGAUCCAGUGUAUCAUGGUUAUGAACAUUUUCUUCUCAACCCUGUUCAAAAUUAUGUUCAAUGGUCUGGGUGGGAAUAUGCAUGGAAAAAGAUGGAGAGGAAGGUGAAGAAAAUGGAUAGAUUUGUUGGUGCUAUGUCACUGCUGUCACAAGAGCUUGAGGUACUAGCUGAGAGAGAACAGACUUUCAGAAGAAUGAAAACGAAUCGCCAGCUUCAUGGGGUGAAACUGCUUGAGUUUCACAAGAGGGUCAUGUGGCAGCGACAGCAAGUGAAAACUCUGAGAGACAUGUCACCGUGGAACAGAAGUCAUGACUAUGUGGUCCGGUUAUUGGCAAGAUCUUUGUUCACAAUUCUUGAGAGAAUCAUCCUUGUCUUUGGAAAUAGUCCUAUACCUAUUGAAAACCAGGAAAAUGAAUCCCUUUCUCCCUCUGUGAAUCAUCUUACUCGCAGACAUUCCUUCUCUUCUCUUAAGCAUUCUUCUAAGAUUGAUUCACGUGGAUUCAGUUCACAACGUUUUGAGAGCAAGCAAGGGUUUGUAGAGGAGAAAACCAAGAGCAAGAGAAAGAAGAAAAAGCAACAAGUGCUUCAUUCAGAAAGCAAGCAGUUCAAAAAUUUUGGGCCAUUCAUAGGUUGCACGUCAGUUGGAAAUAAUUCUCCUGUGGCACAAACUUGUAUGCCAAGUAAUGUGAAGAACAUUCAGAAGAUAGUGGAUAAAAAAUCUCUGACAUGCAGAAGAAGAAUUUAUUUUAAGCUAUAUAUGAAGGAUCGGUUAAAGGCAGGAGAAUCUACCCUUGGCUAUGCAGCUUUAGCUCUACAUUAUGCAAAUGUGAUUGUACUAAUAGAGAAGAUGGUAUCAGCAGCUCACCUCAUAGAUCAUGAAACAAGAGAUGAUUUGUAUGACAUGUUACCAAGCACUAUAAGAAGCGGUCUGAGGGGUAAGCUUAAGUGGUAUGGAAAGAGCACGCGUGCCUCUGUCGAUGAAACUAGUCUUGCAAUGGAAUGGAGUUUGGUGCUUUCACACAUAUUGGAAUGGUUGGCCCCUCUGGCACACAACAUGAUAAAGUGGCAUUCUGAGAGAAAUUUUGAGAGGGAGCAAUCUGCUUGCAAAGCAAACAUUUUGCUUGUUCAAACUCUUUACUUUGCAGACCAAGCAAAAGCUGAAGCUGCAAUGGUUGAACUCCUUGUUGGUCUUCACUAUGUGUGCAGGAUUAAUAGAAAGGCUCGCAUGAGAAAGAAUGAGUACAAUAAAUGAUUUUAGGCCACAGAACAUUGUCAGUGUUCAUGUUACCAAUUGUGUACAGUUAUCAUUUUCUAAUGUAGCCUUUUCCCAAAAGUAUCAUAACACUUUUAAUGUAUCAAUACGCAGAGAAUCACAUCAAGCUGAUUCUGAGUUGCAUUUUGGUUCUUUGGUUUUACAUAUUCCUAAAACUCAUU